AUGAAGUUGAGUUUGCUUAGAGAUGUUGUCACGUUACCAAAAGCUGGAAUGGCAUGGCCAAUUCAGAAUCCAACUCAUCAUCAUCAUCAUUGUCGUCAUAGGUUGAAGCAUAGAGAAUCCCCACUUCGGUAUGCGAAUUGUCCACACAUAUAUUUGCUUAUGACAGAGAAUUUCUGGGCGACUUGUAAAGAAGGUAAAGGGAACAUAACAAUGAUUUAUCUUGGGGUCUUUUAUGGUUCACCAUUAAAAUCGCAUUUACUUGCAUUAUUCACAUUUACGUUGAAGAAUUCCUGCAAUGAUGAAAAAAAAAAUGUAGAACAUUUUUGUUUGGAUAUUUACCUUCAUAUAUCUCCUUAUUGCCUUUCAAAGGUACAAGCCAAAAAAGAAAAGAUGAGAAAAUAA